UUCCUUCCCCUCUUCCCCAUCGAGGCACUUCAACGCAGGCGCCUAGCAACGGCCGGCCUCUUCCUCGAUUAACCCGGAUGUGGAGGCCGCUUUCCCUCCUGAGGUGAAUGAGCGAGGCGGAGAAGAGGAGCCGGGGGACUACGGCGGUGGCGGCGGCGGCCUCUUGUCUCGCUGCGAGCGAAGGAAGCGGCCGCAGCCCGUAGGCGCAGCGGGGUCGGGAGAGCGCCGUGAGGGGGCAACAUGGGCUGCCGGUGACGGCCUCCUCUCCUUCCUUUCCUCCCUUCCUCCCGGCCCGGCCAUGUCGCCGAUGGGGAUCCGCCUGUCCCCGCUGGGGGUGGCCGUCUUCUGCCUGCUGGGGCUGGGCGUUCUCUACCACCUCUACUCGGGCUUCCUGGCUGGCCGCUUCGCCUUCUUCAUGCUGGGCGGCGGCGGCGGCGACGGAGGGGGGUCCCUUGGGGCCGGGGUCGCGGCGGGGGGCGGCGGCGUGGUGGACUUGCGGGAGCUGCUGGCGGCGUCUGUGGCGGCGGCGGAGAAGGGCGGCCUGGAAGUGCGGCGGGUCCGCGAGGGCAACGUCCUCAACGAGAAGGCCAAAGGCAAGACCCGCGAGGGGGCCGAGGAGAAGAUGACCAGCGGAGACGUCCUGUCCAACCGCAAGAUGUACUACUUGCUCAAGGCCGCCUUCCCCGGCGUGCAGAUAAAUACAGAGGAACAUGUAGAUGCAAAUGACCAGGAGAUAAUUUCCUGGGACCGAACUAUUCCUGAAGCUAUAAAGAGCCAAAUUCAGCCCAAAUUGGUCCAAGCAGACAGUGUUACUGUAUGGAUUGAUCCGUUAGAUGCAACUCAAGAAUAUACAGAGAAUCUUCGACAGUAUGUUACUACUAUGGUCUGUGCUGCUGUAAAUGGCAAGCCAGUGAUAGGAGUAAUACACAAGCCAUUUUCUGGAUACACAGCCUGGGCAAUGGUAGAUGGAGGAUCAAAUAUUAAGCCACGCUCUUCCUACAACGAGCAGACUCCAACGAUCAUUGUCUCCCGGUCUCAUGAAGGGAAAGUCAGGCAGCUUGCUUCACAGACAUUUGGAAAUAAAAGUAGGAUCCUUAGUGCUGGUGGAGCAGGAUAUAAAGUUCUCUCUCUCCUGGAUGUUCCUGAGACAGACCAGGCAAAAGCUGAUGUGUACAUUCAUGUAACAUACAUCAAAAAGUGGGACAUCUGUGCUGGCAAUGCAGUGCUGAAGGCCUUGGGGGGUCAAAUGACUACACUGGCUGGGAAGGAAAUAAGUUACACUGGUUCAGAUGGCAACGAAGAUGGGCUUUUAGCUAGCAUCAACAUAGACCACAGAGCACUGGUUGAAAAACUGCCUGCACUAGACAAGAUGUCACAGAACUAAAUUCAGAAAAGUGAACAAGUCAAGUCAUGCUUCUAGAGCCACAAAGUGGUCUGUUACAGGCGGGCGAAUGUGGGACUGGCUUUUGGAAGAUGGCACCCUCAAACAAAGGAGUGUGCUUUUGGAGAACUACUUCAACCUUGGCCUCCAUCAAGACCAUGGCAGUGUUCAGAAGCAAGAUGGUUGGGAUACAGUGUCUUCAAACUUCAGUGUCAACCUUUUAAUUUUGGGAGUGUUUAGUGUCCAUAACACAGUGGAGACCAGAUCAGUGCUUACAAUAACAAAAGCUUGUUAAAGAUUUGGUUCUGGUAAACUUUCACAUUCUAUUAUAGUAUUCUUUGAUUGUUCGAGAAGAAACUAUUUGGUUUAGGUCAAUUGAAAUCAAUGGAUAAAUAUUCUUCAUUCCUUUGGGACACAAGUCUAAGAAGACCAGAGCAUCUUCAUCGGACAGCUAUUCAUCUGGGGUACCAUUUGAAAUGAUAAAGGAAAUAUUUGGAUCUAUUUUAAUGUUUACCUGAAAAUUCAAACCAGCUUAAUGUGGAUGAGUGUUAAUAUUUGUGUGGUUUUAUUAUAAUUAAUCAUAAUGUUUUCUGUGUAUCAUUUAAAAAGAAAAUGGUUCCCCUGUACAGUUUCAACUAUUGAAUAUUGCCAUUAUAAGCUGUUAAGUUUCAUAACAUCCGGUGUUUGAGCUUACAGAGUAGUCAUUUAUCUUUUGUCAUCAUUUAUUAAGCUACCUGUUAAGAGAAACUGAUAUUUUUCCGCUGUAAAAUGAAGAUCAUGAAUGAUGUGAAACUUACAGGGAAUCUAAAGUGUCUUACUGGCUGUCAUAAAUGUUGCCUUCUAGAAAUUUCCUUUCAAAGGUGUGCCCCAGUUUUUCAUUUGCCUGUUCAAAAUGGCCACCCUAUUGUGAUGUUUGCAAUGCUUGAAUGCUGUAAGGGUUGUAAAAACUUGUCAAGGACUCAGAUGAACAUCAGUGCAAUUGACAGCUUCUUUUCCGCCUUUUAUUCAUGACAAAGAAACCAACCCUUUUGUUUCUUGAAGUAAAAAAGUAAACUCUUG